ACAUUUCGACUUCGAGAUACCAUACAUCACACAUAUUCACGACAGUCGCGCUCUGAAGGAGAAGUUUCUGGUUGAUUUUAGAUGCCAUUGAUGUGCUGUUAGCCAACCAGGAGAAGGAUAGCAAAGCGAAAACUUGUCACCAUGGACACAAAUGAGGCCCAUCAAGUUGCAGUCUCCGACAGCGACUCUGAUGAUGAAUUCUUUGAUGCAUUAGCCAAUGAAGAGUCCAAAGGUGGCAGAGAAGAAAAGGAGUUUCUGUCAAGAAGCAGUGGUGAUGAUCAUCCAUCAGUGCAGUCUGUAGAGAAUCGUGUUUCAUUGUCAGGUUCAGGGUCAGGUGAAACAGCACAGGGCUUGCCAUCAGAUCGCCAACCUGGGCAAGAGGAAACUUUAGAUGUCGGUUCUGUUUCAAAGACAGAACUGAAUAUAGAGGAAAAUUGUGACAGUUCAUGUAGCAGAUUGAAAGAAAGUGUGCAGGUUUUGGAAAAAUCUGGAGGUGAUGCCUGCUCUAAUUUUGCAGACAAUGCAAAUGUAGAGAAUGAACAAACAUCUGAUAAUUUGAUAGUUUCUUCAGAUACUUCUACUGGUCUGCCAGUUACUUCAGAUGAUUCAACAAUUCAGCCAGUUGCUUCAAAGGUUCAAGAACUCACUCAGGAUGAAGAGGUGUGUGAAGGCUUGGAAGCAGAGGAGAAGGAGGAUGAUAGGUUGCAGGAAGAAGGAGAGAAUGUGGAGGAAGAGAAGAUCGUGGAAGAUGAGAUGGAGAUGAGGCAACAAAGGGAAGAUGCAAUGACCAAUGAAGAGAGAGAGAAUCUAAAGGAGGAAGCUCAAUCACACAAGGCAAAAGGAAACAACCUAUUCAAACAAGAUGAGUUUCUGGAUGCAAUAUCCUCCUACUCACAAGCAUUGGAAGUCUGCCCUCUAUGUUUUAAAAAGGAGAGGUCAAUAAUGUAUGCAAACAGAGCAGCAUGCAGAGUGCGUCGAGAGCAGAAUGAGAUGGCCAUAGAAGACUGCAAUAAAGCCCUAGAACUUCAUCCACAUUACUUGAAGGUAUGGCUAAGAAGAGCAAACACAUAUGAGCUGAUGGAAAAGCUAGAUGAAGCCUUGGCAGACUUCAAACAAGUCCUGGAGUUAGAUCCAAGCUCUUAUGAAGCCAGAGCAGCUUGUAUGAGACUUCCUGAGCAGAUCAAGGUUAGAAAUGAAAAACUAAAAGAGGAGAUGUUUGGGAAGUUGAAAGAUCUUGGUAACCUGGUGCUCCGUCCUUUUGGUCUGUCAACGGACAACUUCCAAAUGCAGCAAGAUCCCAACACGGGAUCCUACUCUGUCAACUUUAGACAAAACCCGACUUCGGGGAAUGGGAGACCGUAACACAGUGAUGACUCAUCUGAGGUGUAUGGACAAAAAAUUCCAUUCUCAUUGUGUCAAUAGCAUGACCCAUGGAAAACCUUGUGCCAUGUCUCUUUAUUCUGUCAACAGGAGAAGCAUUAGAUGCAGAGAUCCCUGUUCAGGAUCCUACUCUGUCAU